UAAACUCCGGUUGGCAUGUUGGUUUCUGUGGUUGUUAUGCAACCGUGUGAUUCUUGUUGCACAAAAUCUGACUGUAAAUAUGGCCUGACAGCGUUUUACUUUACUGCUGAUAGAGGACAGAGGAGAUACCUGCUGCUUUGGACUGAUGAAAAACAAAGACUCUCAUUACAGAACAGCUGUGGAGGACCGACAGGAGGCAUGACAGAGGAGAAAUGUCCCCAGCUGGUGGACUACUUUGUAGUGGCAGGUCUCGACCCUGCGGGACCCUGGAGGCCCCUGGACGAGGAUGGCAAGACCUCCACCACCUCCUCGACAUCCUCCUCCUCGUCUUCGAGCCGGGCAGUGGAGCCAGUGACGGACCUCGUGGUGAUCGCCCGGGGACUCGGGGAGGAGGUGCCGGAAGGCUUCACCUGCAUCGAGAAGACACUGGGUGGACACUCGGCCGAGCUGAGCGCUGGCCUUAUCAACAACCCACACCUGUUCUUGUGCUACCGCCGAGGACGGGACAAACCGCCCAUACUGGACCUGGGUGUUCUGUAUGAGGGGAAGGAGCAGCUAAAGCAGGGCUGGUACGUCAUCGAGACCACUCCCUACAGCCGCUCGGCCAGCCUGAGCUCUGGCGGUGCUCCGACGGCCCACCGGGUGUUCCUGACGUACCGACGAGCUCUGGACUCACAGGGCCUCCACACGCUGGGCGUCACCGACAUCGCCCUACUGCUGCCCAGCAAGGGGGAGGUGGCGCCGCACACCUUCUGCAGGGUCGAUAAGAACCUCAACACUGGCAUGUGGGGUCCAGGUCUGUAUGUGUGUUACAAGAGAGCCGUGGCCAAAGCCAACGCCCUGGUGUACGAAGCCAGUCUGAUCAGCCGCUACCCAGAGGACGACCUGGAGGCCUUCCCUCUGCCCGAGUCGGUGCCCGUCUUCUGCCUGCCGAUGGGCGUCACCGUGGAGAGCUGGCCUCUGAACACCAAGUACCAGCUGCCCGUCUUCUCCACCUUUGUCCUCACCACUGCCUCCGGGGACAAGGUGUACGGAGCUGCCAUCCAGUUCUACGAGUCGUUCUCCAGGGAGCUGCUGUCGGAGCGGCAGAGCGUCCGGCUCGGUCUGCUCAGCGUGGUCGACCGGCGGCCGAUAACCAGCCGCAGCCUGCAGGUGAAGAAGAGCAUCUGCGUCCUCUCACACUGGCCCUUCUUCACCGUCUUCCAGAAGUUCCUCACCUUCGUCUACAGAUACUCCAUCUCCGGGCCCCACGUCCUGCCAAUAGAGAAGCACAUCUCCAGCUUCAUGCACAACGUCCCGUUUCCAUCACCACAGCGUCCUCGAAUCCUCGUUCAGCUCUCUCCGUACGACAACCUGCUGCUCUGCCAGCCGGUCUCCUCUCCACUCCCACUCAGCGGUGCGAGCUUUUUGAAGCUGCUGCAGAACCUCGGUCCGGAGAACGCCUGCACGCUGCUGCUCACCGUCCUCACCGAACAAAAGCUGCUGCUGCACUCACUGCGACCUGACGUCCUCACAUCUGUCAGCGAAGCCCUCGUCUCUAUGAGCUUCCCCCUGCUCUGGUCCUGCCCCUACAUCCCGCUGUGUCCGCUGCAGAUGGCCGACGUGCUGCUGGCGCCGGUGCCCUUCAUCGUGGGCGUCCACUCCAGCUACUUCGACCUGUAUGACCCACCCACCGACGUGGUGUGUGUUGACCUCGACACCAACACCAUCUUCCAGUCGGAGGAUAAAAAGCCGUUGUCAUGGCGAUCGUUACCCAGGAAGCACGGCAAGACUCUGUUCAACACCCUCACCAACCUCCACAAGACGCUGGAGAAGAUUUGCACUCCCGGCCAGGAGGAGGCGACACUGGAGUUCCUGCUGACUGACUACGAUCAGAUCUACCGGCGUCAGAAGCAGCUGGAGCUGGAGAUCCAGGAGGCCUUUCUGCGCUUCAUGAGCUGCCUGCUGAGAGGAUACCGAACCUUCCUGCUGCCCAUCACGCAGGCGCCAUCCGACACCGCCACCGACUGCAGCUCGCUCUUCAACCUGCAGGGUUUCCUAAAGUCUCGCGAUCGAACGCAGCAGAAGUUCUACACUCAGCUGACGAGGACUCAGAUGUUCACUCAGUUCAUCCAGGAGUGCUCCUUCGUCAGCGACCGCCACGCCUGCCUCGAGUUCUUCGACGAGUGCGUCCAGAAGGUGGACGUGGAGAAGCCGGAGGAGGUGAGGCUGGUCGACCUGGACGAGACUCACAGCGGAGAACACACCGUGUUCAUCAUGCCUCCUGAAGAACCGCAGGAACCUGACGGGUCCGAGUGUCCCGCCCUCUACAGUUAUGAAACCUUCCCCACCCUGAAACCAGAGCUCUUCGACCAACCCCAGGACCAGCUCCGAGUCCCGACCAAAGGCAGCGCCCCCAGCAGCCCCGCUCCCCGGCGCACCAAACAGGAGAUCAAACUGGCCCAGAAGCGAGCUCAGAAGUACUCAGCGGUACCGGACAUGUGGUCCAAGUGUCUGCUGGGUCACUGCUAUGGCCUCUGGUUCAUCUACCUGCCCACCUUCGUCCGGGCGGAGACCGCCAAAGUGCGAGCCCUGCACACGGCCUACGACGUUCUCAAACACAUGGAGAACCGGAAGGUGGUGCUGCCGGACGAGGUGUGUUACCGCAUUCUGAUGCAGCUGUGUGGUCAGUACGGUCAGCCGGUUCUUGCCGUUCGAGUCCUGCUGGAGAUGAAGAAGGCUGGAAUAACGCCCAACACCAUCACCUACGGAUACUACAACAAGGCAGUGCUGGAGAGCAAGUGGCCGUCCACCAACCAGGGUGGACGUCUCCGCUGGGCCAAGCUGAGGAAUGUCCUAUUAGCUGUGGCCCAGUUCAGGCAGCCAAUCAAACGGCGGCAGAAGAGCGGCUCCGUGGGGUCGCGAGGAGAAGCCAUGAUGGACCCUGAUCAGAGGCCCCGCCCCCACUCAACUCUGAUUCGUCAGUCCAGCUGGAGCGGUCUGAGUGAAAGCUCCAGUCACGAAUCUCUGACCGGACCGUUGGUAAAGAGCAACAGUCUGAACAGCAUGAAGACGCCGAAUGACAAGGUCAAACUCUGUCAGAAGACCAUCCUCCGUAAUGCAGGGACCAAUGGCUGUGGGGACGCCGUCUCCCGUAAACCUCCUUUGGGUCGGCGAGACACCUCCACACCUCCUCCAGCGCCUCCCGGUGGAGUUCUGGUCCGGCGGAGUGAGGUUUGCCUCUCCAACUUCUACAAAGAGUGUGCAGAAUCAGCGGACUCUGAGCUGGACUGCAGCUGUCGGCCUGCAGAGAGGGACGGCAGACCUGCAGCGACGCGAGACUCAGCCGGCAGGAACAAAGGCGUAGACGAGAACUACAACAACGUGUCGUCCCCGAGUCGAGGAGGGUUGGCUGGGAAGCUACAGCAGCUCCUCACGCCGACCAGACACCGAGUGUCAGUGCGAAGAGCCGCCAGUGUGGACGACCGGCGGCCAGGAGGAGGAGGAGGAGGAGGAGGAGGAAUCGGACGAAGAGUGUCGGAGCAGAGGCAGUCCAGAAAAGCUCAAGUGGCUGAAACUCUGCUGAAAGCCAAGGAGAGGCUGGUCAGCGCUACCUCAGAGAGCUCACUGUCUGUAGGAAGCGACCUGGACCUGACGGACACGCCCAGUCCAGCCUAUCCUCUGCGCAGGUCCUGGGAUGCCAACCAGGAGGGGGCUGGGAUGGAGGUGUUGAUGUCCAGCUGCUCUCUGUGUCGCAGCUGCAACUCGCUGGUUUACGACGAGGAGAUUAUGGCCGGCUGGACGUCAGACGACUCCAACCUGAACUCGUCCUGCCCGUUCUGCUGCGCAUCCUUCGUGCCCUUCCUGAACGCUGAGAUCUGCGACCUCGGACCCGUCAGCAGCGCUGAACGCAGUAACUGGAACCUGGAGGAUGAGGUGGAAAGCGCUGUCCGGCCCCCCAGCGUUCAUGACGCCUCCCCUCGACCACAAUGCAACGGCCUGAGUGAGGACUCCAGCUCCGAGACCAGCAGCUACUCCGAGAACAGCAGAACCACCACGGGUUCUUCGGUGGGCGGGGCUCCUCAGGUGACGGUGGCCUACCUGAGCCCUCUGGUCCUGAGGAAGGAGCUGGAGAGUCUGCUGGAGAACGAGGGCGAAUCGGUGCUGGCCCAGCCUCAGUUCCUGGACAGCCACUCCAUCAUCUUCUGGAACUUGGUGUGGUACUUCCAGCGCCUUGGCCUCCCCAGCAACCUGCUGCAGCUGGUCCGAGCAUCGCCACUGGUCAGCCAGUUCAUGCAGUCGGAGAACUCAGCAGUGAGGGUCCGACUCCUGUGGGACACUCUUACCCCCGACACUGACCAGUGGCCUCCGCUCUACGUCCUCUGGAGGAUCCACAGUGGCGUCCCGAUGAGGAACUACAGCUGGCGGCGACACAACCACCCGUUCACCCUGUCCUUCCUGGAGGAGGUGCUGCGGUGGGUCGGCAUGAACGAGGUGCACAAGGCCGUCACGCUCUUCCUGGACACGCUGGCCAAACAGCAGGGAUCCCCGAGGAUCCAGAGGAGUCUGUACAGAGAGUUCCUCUUCCUCACUCUGGCAGCUAUGGGCAAAGAUCACGUCGCUGCGUUCGAUAAGAAGUACAAGGCAGCGUACUCCCGGCUCAGCGGCACUCUGGGUCGAGAGGAGCUCCGGAAGAAGCGAGCCCAGCCUCCGAGCCCCAAAGCCGUCGACUGCAGACGCAGCUUCCACCCGCCUCUCGAAUGCUGAAGAAGCUAAAACCUCCCUGCAGUGUUCGAUCCCUGCUGCCUUUGCCUGCUCGUGUUCUUCACCUCUCUGCUGCCUCCUGGUGGAUGUCGGGGCAAUGUGCCCCCUCCUGCCCUCUGUACCUCUGUUCGCCUUGUCGGUGUGAAUCCAGCUGCUCCACGCCUCCAUUAAAGACCCUGAAAGUCGAUCCGGCAGCAGCAGACGGAGCUACAAACUCGACUGAAAUGCACCUUUCUAAACUGAGCUGUGAUCUGUGCAGGAAACGGUUAGAAGCUGCAUGUCUAGAAGGGUCCGUUUUUGUUUUAAAUACACAACACGAUGAUAAUCUGUCGACCUGCAGGAGCUUGAGGGAACGUUUUAACCACAGAAUCGCAGGAUUCACCACUUUCAGUUUGAUUAUGGAGGACAUUUAGGAUUUUAUGAGGACAAAGGUGAAGUAAGGAUUAAAAAAAAAGUCUCCGUCUGUUUGUCUGGCUGUAAGGAUGAUCCAGGCAGCGAUGGUCAGGUUUUCAAAGGAAAUAAGGUCAGUAACCAGCAUCCAUCUGUAAACACACAGGAAGCAGAAGCCUUCACACUCCAGAAAUCUUCUACAAAAUCAAUCCCACUGCUGAGUGUGAAGCUGAAGUUAAAAAUCCAUUGGAGGAAACAAACACAAGGACCUGUCGGAAAGUUUGGAUCUUCCAGAAGCUGUUGGGUUGUUUUAAAUUGAAGCUGCAGCACAGUUUUAACUCUUUCUGAUGUGAUCAAAGCGGCCAAGAACUGAAGAAUUCGCUCAGAUCAUCCUCAUCACUGGCUCUCAAAGAUUCAAGUUUAGCAAAACAGGAAAGGUUGGCUGUUUUUUUUUUAGCAUUUAGGCUUUUGGAAUGAAGCGGCGUCUUGUUGGAAGCUCAUACUGGUUUGUCUCAGAGUUGUUUUCAGUCCUCUAAACAUCAUAAAUUCUUUUAUAUGCAUCAUAUCUACAACCCAGAAGAAACACUGAUUACAGACUCCUGAAACAAAUUUCCGAUUCCAUUCCAAAAGGUUCUGAGCUUUUAGAGAGUUUGGAGGGUGAAAUAAUCUCUGUGGAAGGCGGAUUUUCAUUCUGGAGAAACAAAGACAUCUAAUAUUUCUUGCUCAUAAUCUUCCUAUGAGUCUUCAGAUUCUCUUAUCUAAAACCACCAACACAAAGCGCUGCUUCUUUAAAAUCCACGUUAAAUCCCUCAAAAGAUGUUUUAAAAUAAGAUAAAAAGACGCCUGGUUUACAGCUAACGAAACCAGAAGUCCAUGAAGCUCUCGAGGCAACUUGAAGCCAAAUUGAACUUUGUUUUGAGCAGCUUUCUUGGAAAAUUGUGCUUCCUAUAUAAAUUUAAACAUUAUUUUGGGAGGGAGGAUGUUGGGGGCGAUGGAGGGGUUUAGCGUCACUUAACACAGGAUAAUUUUCAGUCUUCACUAUCCUAAGUUUAAAAUUUCUCACUGCUACCAUAAAAAGGUUUGUGGCAGCUGGAGAUGUGAUAACCUCAGAGUCAUGUAAUACCAGAAAAAUCUUCAUUUAAUUGUGUUAACGAAUCAGAUUAUUGCACUGGCUGUAACUUCUGUCUAAUACUGUAGAAUCUGUAUGAUAGCAAAGUGUAGACAGAGUUGUUGGUGGCCCAAAGAGUAGGUGCAAUAGUCAGAUUUUCUGUAAUCAGGUUAUUACAUUUUCAUGCCGCCACAUGGAGACCAGGUUUCUAUUUGGUAGUUUUUCCUGUUUUGUGAAGCUGAUUUAAAGGGAUUCAGUUUGAGAUGUGAAAGCUGAACUUUGGAGGGAUUUAUUUGCUUCAGUAUUUUGUGACGAUGCUGUAAAACCACAUCGUUUCCAGCUCCAAGUGUCUGGUUCAGGAUGAGCAAAAAACUGUCUGAUAAAUGUGUUAAAUAUUUUUGGAACUGACAUUGCUCAGUGGAUUUACUCAGAGCUUUCAGCUGCGUCUCAUGGUCUUCAUCUGUACUGCUUUUAUGGAGAAGACCGUGAGAUGCUUUUGAAAACUUUAUAAAAGGAUUUUGGAUUAGGAUUACUUUGGACCAGGUGAUUUCACUAGAUUUUUUUCACUUAUUAUCUUACUUACAGCCACAAAACCUCAGAUUUUAUGUGACAUUAUUAAGAUUUGUAGCUGGUUUCCUUCCACAUGCUGCACAAAUUUUAACCAAACUUAAAAAAAUAACAGUGAAAGAAAAUGUGAGUUAAAUCCACUGCAGAUGGCGCCAAUUCUCCAGUUGCUACUAUUAAACCACCACAGAAGAAGCCAUAUUUAAAUUUAAAUAUUUAAGAUCUUUUUUUUUGAAAAUGUUUAAAUCCUGAAUUUUCUUUUCAGUUUAUCGUAACAUAAACAGAAAUUUGACUUGUGUUUAUUCCUUAAUUCUGGUCAGAAUUUCCACAAAAUCAGUGCAGAGAAGACGUUUAUUAUUUAAUGAAACAUGUUUAUCAUCAUGAUCCAGAAUCAGACAUUCAGCUAAGUGGAGCGCCGUGGAGCAUGCUCAGUUUGUGACCCGAUCUGAUGCACGUUCACCUUCCUGUCUGCUUGUUUGUUUGUUUGUUUGUUUGUUUGUCUGCUAACAGUUUGCUCCAGGGCCCCUCGGCAGCAGCAGGAGAUUCAAAUCUGCUACUUUUAGUCAAGCUCAAUCACAGUCAGACUGAAUUUACAUUUGCAUAUCAACCAAACAAACUCUGGAAACAGAAAAAUAUCUUUCUUUUGUAAAUUAGAGCUGGAAGGUGAGCCGAUGCUAAUAAUUUAUUUUCAGAUCCAGCUCCUCGUUUGGGUCAAUUUGCUGCUUCAAAAAUAACAAUUUACUCAAAGAUGCUUAAGCCUUCUUCUCCAAAACACACAGUUAAAAAUCUGACAUUUUUUCUUCAGCUUCUGCUCAAAAAUGUCAUUUUGGUGUUUUUUUUUUUUUUGUUGUUGUUUUUUUUUAAGAUACCGUGUUUUUCAAAUCCACCGGUGGGUUUUGGGGUUAAACUCUAAGAAAAAAAACUAAAUAUUUCAGUGUGAAGCUCAUUUAAAAACUCUCUUCACUGUGCAGAAGAUAUUUGCAGGAUAUUUAAAAACACAAAAGUCACACAAAAGUGAUUUAAAUUUGACCACUUUUAUUCUUUGCGAUGCAAACUGGAAAAAGUGGUUUGAAGAAUGUUUGCAGAUUCUGUAAAUAUCAUCAGAGCUUUAAACAAUCUUAGAAAAGAAGCAGCUUCAUGCAAAGUUCUAAUCUUCUGCACAAAACUAGAUUUAAGCUGCUGCUUGGUUUCUCAUUAAAGGAGCAGUUUGACAUUUUCACAUCAGUUUGUGCUGCAGCCGAGCAGCCUGGAGCUAAACUGCUGUGUCUCUGCAAACGGCGACUCAAAGAGAACGUCUGCUGUCGGAGUUUGGUUUUCUGUGCUGAGGACUGAAGGGUCGGAGAGCGAAGGACGUUUCAGUGCAGCAGAUCUGACAGAUGAAACAUCCCAUUCUGUAUGUUCUGUUUCAAUGCACCGGACUGCCGCUGAGCUACAUUUAAGGGAAUUCAUUGACCUCCUUCGACUGUUUUAUUCAUCGAGUGUGAGCAGCCAGUGCAGACGGGACGAGUGUAUUUAAAACUGAUAAUUGUGUUUGCUGUUGUAAUUUAUAUCUGGCUGUGAUUUCAGUUGUAAAUGUUUGUUUUUUUUUAAGAAAAAACAGAAAUAAAAGAGCGUUGAGGCCAA